AUGUCAAGAACCGAUGAAGAAUUAAAUAAUAAUUAUGUAGUCACACAAGGAAGUUCUACUGUCAGUAAUCCAGAAGGUAAUAAUCAUAAUAAUUCAGAUAUAGAUAAAAGACAACAUAUAGCUGUCAAACAAAUUAAAUUGAAAUAUGUUUUCACAAUGAUAAUUACUGAUAAAAUUAAUUUCAUUCCAGAUGUUGAACAACAC